AACAGAUAGCAUUACACAACACCGGAAGAGAAAUCUUGAGGCGAGCAGUCUUAAGAUUGAACAUUGGUGAUUAUGACGAUGCGGGUGGCCGUGAUAGGAGCGGGAGCUGCAGGCCUGUGUGCCCUUAGGCACCUCAGCACCAGACAGCCGAAGUUCCAGGCUGUGUGCUUCGAGCAGAAUAGUCGUCUUGGUGGCACUUGGAUUUACACUGACAAGACAGGCGUGGAUGAUCACGGUCUCCCCAUCCACUCCAGCAUGUACAGAAAUCUGAAGACGAAUCUUCCGAAGGAAGUGAUGGCCUUUCCUGAUUUCCCAUUCCGGAAAGAUCUACCAUCUUUUGUACGACACGAAGACAUGUUAGAAUAUCUAGAGAGUUACGCAACUUCCUUUGAUUUAUUGAAAUAUAUCAAGUUCUCUACGACAGUAAAUAGUGUUAAUCCCCUAAAGUCCCCUGACAAAGUAACGUGGCAGGUGACCUACAAGGACUUGGUAAACUCCGAUGUAAGUCCUGUCACAGAAACGUUUGAUGCUGUCAUGGUUUGUAAUGGUCAUUACUCCGUUCCACUUAUACCAAACAUUCCUGGACUGGAUAAUUUCCGAGGUAAAGUAAUGCAUAGCCAUGAUUAUCGUUAUCCGUCAGAGUUUGAGGGACAGCGUGUGGCGUGUCUUGGUGCUGCAGCCUCUGGUCAGGACAUCAGCGUGGAUGUGUCAACUGCUGCCAAACAGGUUUACAUGUGUCAUAGGAAACCAAGUCUACAGACGUAUCUUCCGGAUAAUCUAGAACAGAAACCCGGGAUAAAAAAAGUCAAAGAGCACUCUGUUGUGUUUGAAAACGACGAAGAAGUGGAGGUGGACGCUCUAAUGUUCUGUACAGGCUAUAGAUUUUGUUUUCCUUUCCUCUCUCCGGAAUGCCACGUGUCAACAGAAAAUGAACGUAUUACGCCACUAUACAAGCAUAUCAUUCAUACUAAAUAUACUUCUUUGUCACUGAUUGGAAUUCUAAAGACCAUUUGUCCGUUUCCAAACUUUCACAAUCAGGUACUGUUUGUGAUAUCAGCUCUAGACGGCACAAUGAAUCUACCAGAUUGUGAAGAGAUGGAAGCGGACACAGCUAAAGACUUCCAUAGUAGGUUGGAAAGGGGCAUGCCAGAACGGUAUGCUCACCACAUGGGCACACUGCAGUGGCGUUAUAAUGAUGAAAUAGCAGACCUUGCGGGAUUCGAGCGUAUUCCACCUGUUGUUGAGGAGCUGUAUGAUACAGUACAUAUAACACGGGUUAAGGACAUUGUACACUACAAGUCUGUAAACUAUAAACUUACUGGACCAAAUACUUAUGAAACAAUUAAUGAGGAGAAAGUAAAAACGUGAUUAUCAUGUAAUUAUCUUCCUAGUCCGAUUUUAAGAUUUACUGAGUAGACGACCAUUUCUCUGGUUUGUCUUCUUCAUUUGGACAUGUUUUGCCAUUAUUAGUUAUCUUAAUGUGCGUGAUUGAUGAUUUUAAAAUGUCAAAUGUGCGCAUAUACUCAAGAAAUAAGAAAUAAAAUAAGAUAAAAUAAUAAUAAAAAUACAAACAUGUCAACACAAUCAUAACCCAAACUCAAAUUCAAUAAAACUAGUGAAGAAUAUGAACAAAAGAAAAACUCACACGAAGACUCCUGAAAAAGUACAAGGAGAAUAAAACAAGACAUUCCGGAAGAAUAAGCGUCUUCUACUUCAUCGAAGACACUCACCAUGUACAUCUUGUUCAAUCCAAGAAGGAAAUGUCACAUUCGAAAUGAGAAUAAUGUAUACGACAACGGAACCAAAAGGCAAACUAAUGAGCUUCAAACACAGUGUGGUGUACAGGGUCGAAAAAUAAAGUGUUCUUAUAGCCGAACAUUCCAGGAACUGAAUGACAAGUUAACUUUAAAAGGACAAUUUCAAGCACAUCAUUAUUCAUGCUUACAGAUGUUUCUGAAAAGUCCAUAUUUGACAAUUUUGAAAAUUAUCCUAGAUAAUAUCAAAUGAAGAUCAUACUAUUAUGGAAGCCGAUAUCCUUCUGGGAUCUCUGUUUAUUAAAAACGAUUUCAAAUUAUUUUGCAAACCAGUUAUUUUCAUUGGAUAUUAAGUUGUCCAGUUGUCUCGAAUCCUCAUUUUUACC